CAUCACUUUUCAGAGGUACAUGCUUCUUCCUUGUUUAAAUUCCUUGAACAUACAAUGGGUUGAACAAAAUGUGUUUGUUGGGAUUUAUCAGUGAAGUUGAUAUCAGGGUUUCCUGUGGCUUGCUUUUGAUAUUCUUCAUCUUACUUUAUUCCUGUGGGCUGUCUAGUUUCAUAUAAGUUCAUAUUGGAAAAAAUAAAAGGGAACCUUAUUGCACAAAUGGUUUAGUUUUUUUUCACGAUAAAAGAAACAUAAUGAAGGAUCAUAGGACGCCUAGAGACAAAAGUUGGUUCACAUGUGAUAGAGAUGUAGGUCCCACAGGCACAGGCCAGAGCACUAUGGCUAGUAAAGUAAAGUCAUACAUAAGUCACAACCAAAGCAAAGCACAAUGUUACAUAGCAUAGCAUAGCAUAGCAUUGUAUGAGAUCAGAUCAGAUUCCCUUGAAGAACAAAGUCUUAAUUGGAAUGGUUUCCAAAAGCAAAAGGGUGAGGGAUGCAGCAUUCUCCUCCUUCAUCUUGCUUUUACUGUUGGUUGGGUUUGGUAACUCAGAUUUAGGCAAAGACAGAGAAGAGUGUGCAGACAAACUUAUAGGGCUGGCUAGCUGUGUUCCUUACGUUGGUGGUGAGGCCAAAACCCCAACCAUAGACUGCUGCAGUGGUCUCAAAGCUGUCCUCGACAAGAGCAAGAAGUGCAUCUGCAUCCUCAUCAAAGAUCGUGAUGACCCCAAUCUUGGCAUCAAAAUCAAUGCCACUCUCGCCAUUCAACUACCCUCUGCUUGCAACGCACCUGCUAAUAUAUCUCACUGUGUAGAUCUUUUGCAUUUAGCACCUAACUCUCCUGAUGCCAAGGUGUUUGAGGGAUUGCAAAAAUCCGCCAAAUCAAACAGUUCCACCCCAGUUUCCAGUGGUGGUGGUGAGGAAAAGAGUGGUAUGUCUACAAAGAGGUGGCCGGUGGCAGACCUGCUUUCCUCGAUCUUACUACCACUUCUCUUCCUUCUUGUUUGAACUGAAGCAGAAUGAGCACUCGCCUACUACUACUUGCUUCACGCCUCUGUUUCUCAUCACUCUAUAUUUGUUAGCAAAUCUGUACUAAAAUCAUUCUAUAUCCAUCUAUUAAUAGUAGUAGUAAUCAUGAAUUCCUGAUGUUAUCUUUUUCAUUUUCUCUAUGUAUCAACAAAAGGAAGGACCCACUUUCAAUAUA